AUGGAGAUGCUUAAUACAUUAAGAGAUACACUUAGCAGUGUACAAGCAGAAUUGAGCACCGGUGUCGAGAAGCUUCGAAUGAAUGUGACGGCGAAUAUGGCAGCGCAACAAAAAGUUUCCACCGAAUCAGUCAAUGAAAUUUUAAACACUUCCGCCGGAAAUGAGUUAUUACAAAAUUUCCAAAAUCUGAUAACCGAAGUGGAGGAGAAUGGAGCGGAAGGCGGUCGACUCGCUAAUCUCUGUAGUACUCGAAUGGGGCGUUGUCAACAAAUGUGCAAGGAGAAGGCUGACGCCGUGAUGGAAAUCGAUGAAUUUCUUCGAAAUUCCGCAGAAUUCGAUAAGAAAAUUCGAGAAAUUAACGCACAGAUCACGAAAUUGGCUCGAUUCUGUAAUCAAACAGAGCAAGCGAUGACAUAUUUGGAAGCUCUUUGUGAGGUGGCUCAUACCGAGGGAGAAGUUGAUUUGAUUCGACAACAAGCGAGAUCUGCUGCCACUAUUGUUCAAAUCGAAUGUGAAUCUCCCAGUGUUUUGACUUCCCUCCGUUCUCGUCCAGAAGAUGCUGUCAAAGCUCAACAAGAAGAAGUGAUGCUCGAGGAAUUCUUGUCUUCGAAAAACGCUCAACUCCCAUAA